GUUUCCUUUUUAUUUUGCUUUUGUUUCCCGUGUCUCAUUUCGACCUCUUUAAAUUUUGCCCUUCAGCUGGUGCAUUUGCUCUUCUGACGUGCAGGAAGUAGGUUGCUUAUCGAGGGAGUGAUUUCUUAGUUUGACAGCUAAAUUUCAUUUAACCAUGCCAAUUCAAAAGAUUCAUGCCAGACAGAUUUUUGACAGCCGUGGUAACCCCACUGUUGAAGUAGAUGUUGUCACAGAGAAAGGAUUAUUCCGUGCUGGUGUUCCUAGUGGAGCAUCUACUGGAAUCUAUGAAGCUUUAGAACUUAGAGAUGGAGAUAAAAACAGCUACCAUGGCAAAAGUGUUUUAAAGGCAGUAGCAAAUGUCAACAACAUUAUUGCACCAGAACUGAUUAAGAAAAAUGUCUGCCCAACCAAGCAAGUAGAAAUUGACGAAAUUAUGUUGGCUCUUGAUGGUACUGAAAAUAAAGCUAAGCUUGGAGCAAAUGCCAUCUUAGGAGUUUCUAUUGCUGUAGCCAAAGCUGGAGCAGAACAUAAGGGAGUGCCACUGUACAGGCAUUUAGCAGAUCUUGCAGGUGUUAAAGACAUCAUUCUACCUGUUCCUGCUUUCAAUGUAAUCAAUGGUGGUAGCCAUGCUGGUAACAAACUAGCCAUGCAAGAAUUCAUGAUUUUGCCAACAGGGGCCUCUACCUUUACUGAAGCCAUGAAGAUGGGUUCUGAAGUGUACCAUCAUCUAAAGAAUGUUAUCAAGAAGAAGUUUGGUUUGGCUGCUACUGGUGUUGGUGAUGAAGGUGGUUUCGCCCCUGACAUUCAGGAGAACAAAGAAGGUUUGGAACUUAUCAAAGAAGCUAUCGCAGCUGCUGGCUAUACUGGCAAAAUUGAAAUUGGCAUGGAUGUUGCUGCAUCUGAAUUCCACAAGGAUGGCAAAUAUGAUUUGGAUUUCAAAAAUCCCAACACUGACCCAUCCAAGUUCCUGACACCUGACGAACUGGGUCAACUCUACCUUAACUGGAUCAAAGAAUACCCAAUUGUUUCUAUUGAAGAUCCUUUUGACCAAGAUGAUUGGGCAGCAUGGUCAAAAUAUUGUUCUCAGGUCACUAACCAGGUUGUAGGUGAUGACUUAACUGUGACCAACCCCAAGAGGAUUCAAAUGGCUGUUGAAAAGAAGGCUUGCAACUGCUUAUUGCUGAAAGUAAACCAAAUUGGUAGUGUCACUGAGGCUAUUAAAGCGCACAAUCUCGCCAAAGCUAAUGGUUGGGGCACUAUGGUGUCUCACAGGAGUGGAGAGACUGAGGAUGCUUUCAUUGCCGAUCUUGUCGUUGGUUUAAGCACAGGACAGAUCAAGACAGGUGCACCUUGCCGCUCUGAGCGUCUUGCCAAAUAUAAUCAAAUCCUACGCAUUGAGGAAGAGUUGGGUGACAAAGCAAAAUAUGCUGGCAAAAACUUCCGCCAUCCUCUCUAAACUGUUGACCUCAUUUUUCCAUUCCUGUUUGAAUGUUUGCUUGUUACAGCUUUAUGUCUAAAUCCCCCCAGUGAUACUAUGUUCUUGUUGAUGUCUCCCCCUUUUUUUUAUGUGAAAUGUUCUAUAGGGUGUUAGCUCUAGUCCAAAAUUAUAUCCUCUCUAUGCCUACUUCAUGGGUUGUGUCUCAAAUUGUCUAUUCCAGAAAAUAAAAGGUUGUUACAGUUACA